UGUGGCGGCCCGGGCUCGGCUGGGCGCCGGUUUCUCGCUCGCUCUGUCGCUCUGUCGGGGCCCUGUCGCGACAGGGCCCCGGGGGCCGCGAUGUCGGACACGUGGAGCUCGAUCCAGGCGCACAAGAAGCAGCUGGACUCGCUCCGCGAGCGGCUCCAGCGCCGCCGGAAGCAGGACCCGCUGGGCGGGGCGGCCCCCGCCCACGACCUCUCCCUGGUGGCCCCGCCCCGCACCUCCAGCCCCGCCCCUUCCGCCGGAGGAGGCCCCGCCCUCUGCUCCGCCCCAGGAGGCCCCUCCCCUUCCCCGGGGGGCGUGGCCACGGAGGCCCCUCCUCAUGGUGGAGGAGGGGGCGUGGCCUCCGAGGGCGUGUCCGGAGGGGUGGGCGGGGCCGGCGGGGAAGGGGCGGGGCCCGACCCGGCGCUGGAGCGGCGCCUCCUGCUGCUGCUGUCGGACCUGGCGCUGCCCCUGCCCCGCGACGCCGCCGCCCUCUGCGCCGCCCUCCAGCAG